AUGUCGUGGAUUGGUCGAGCAAUUAGUUCAGUCGGCCAGUACUACAAAGAAAUCAACCCGGCCACACUCUCGGGUGCUAUUGACGUGAUAGUAGUGGAAAACAAACGCCCAGCAAGCAAGGAGAAGAAGGACGAUUCACCGAGCGAAGAACUGAUAGACUUAGCUUGCAGCCCCUGGCAUGUGCGGUUCGGAAAGCUCAGCGUACUCCGGCCAGUCGAGCGCAAGGUCAGGAUUCUUAUAAACGGCGAACCUGCACCAUUUAGUAUGAAAAUUGGCGACACCGGCGAAGCAUUUUUUGUUUUUGAAACCGACGUUGAAGACCUUCCGGAUGAUCUCCAGACUUCACCAUUAGUCUCGCCCGUAUUGAAAUCUACCGACACACCUUCGGCGAGAGCACAAGAUUCGACCACCCACCAAACGCUAGAAACAGUCCCAGAUUUUGCUGAUUUGGGCGAACCACAGUUGGAAUCAAGCCAAGUCAAACGGAAUCCAAGCAGAGAUCCGCCUCAAAAAGGUCAAGAUGAUCCUCCUCCUACCUCACUGGAUAACGAGCAAAACUCAACCUCACUCGAACCUACUAAUGAGUGUUCUCAAGAAGAAAAACCUGAGCAAAAGGUGCCCUCUGACCAACCGGACCUAACUUCCGACGAAAACUCGUGGCUCCGGGAAGGGGAGCUGGCUCCUUCUCUAAAGCGUGGUUUGGAAGGCAGUGUAUCAGAAUCUCCUCAACAUGAUUCCGUGUCAGCCGGGAAAAUGAAACAAUCUCUAAAGCUUAAAAGAUCAAAUUCUAUACCCGAUUCAUCGGCACCUCAAGCCGAUAGGCUUGACGAGGUGGUACCGCACACCGCUUCGAGUCUUCCAACGGCCGAUUUAAUGCUAGACAUGGAUGGCUACAAAAUGCCGCAUGAAGCACCACACCGCGGAGAAAGAAAUCCCGGCGACCCAACUUUAGACCCCUCCUCUCGAGAUGAUGAUUUCAACGAUGAUGCUGGAGACUCAGAUGACAAGCGGGAAGAUCCCACAAUAGACCUACAAGAAAACUUGGUCAUGGAAUUCACAACUGCCCUCUUGCGAUGUUCCGAGACUAUUAAUCGAUGCUUUUUCGGAGCUUCCGGGUCCCAUCCUGAGCUCGAGACAAACGAAAAUGUGAUUGUUCAUGUUGCCGAAAACGAACCGGGAUCUGGUGGAGCUACUGAAAAUGACUGUGACGGUUUAAUCAUCGUCGAGGAGGUUGAAGACAAGAAUGGAUUCAGAGGGUUUGAUCGGUUCAAAAUUCAAUCAAACGGGACGUGGCACGUAUUCGAAAUUUCUUUAUUUAGCGUUUCUCAUGAUGAUCAAAACCCGGCUGGUAUAUCCAGUCAGCGUCGAACAUCGAGAUCUAAUCAUUCUAGACAUUAUAACCACCAGAAGUUCAAGGAGAACCGUUUGACAUUUGAAGAUUUUUUCGGUCUCAAGUCCGAUCCUGCCGUCGAAGGCAGUCUGAGGAAAGACCUGCUGGAUGAUGAAACAAAUUUUAUCGUCAGAUACAACGAGCGAUAUACAUUGACAUGGGAAAACGCCAGUACUGCUUUGACGUCGCUUGGAAUCUGCAGGAAAUCAGUCAUUAAUUUAAGCCAGGCCCAGCUCAACAAAGUUGUCCGCAGUGCCUCACGGAACGAAACUAGCGCAAAUGGAGGGUCUUCCCCGUUUCUUGAUGGCUCCAAAUCUGGAGCAAAUGGACCUGAUAGACUCGGCUCGGACAAUUCGACCCACCCGGAUAGUUCCUCCCCCCAGCCAUCUCCCAGCUAUACAAGGCCAUGGACUAGGUGGUGGUAUAGGUCAGAUCGCUUGAUACCCACUGGCCCUAAUCACCAAAGAAUGUCUUCAGCGGCUUCAGCGGAUACAUGGAGUCAGGAUAAGCCAGUUUCAUCCCCUACCGCCGGCAACGCUACUAGUAUCAAAGUCUCACCGCCGACAUCGCCGCCCGACACCCCUAGAUCUAUGCCAGGAACGACAUGCAGCAAAUUUGUUUCGGAUGAGAAAAUCGGUCCAACGGGAGACGAGUCAGCCAAUAAGCCCAGCAGCUCGGCUGCAACACUCGAUACCCAGAAUCAGGCAUCAGAGCAAGAAGAUCAAUCUACCGGAUUGACAACUGCCAGCCACAAAACGUACGCAAAAACUUUAAGACUAACGUCUGAUCAACUUAAACAACUUGGGCUCAAGAAGGGAGUCAAUCAGGUCUCUUUCUCCGUCCGAUCGUCUUACUCUGGUUAUGCGGUCUGCACCUCGCGAAUUUUCCUUUGGGAAGCAGAUUACAAGAUUUGCAUUUCGGAUAUUGAUGGGACAAUCACCAAAUCGGAUGCCCUCGGACACGUUUUCAACAUGAUUGGCCGAGAUUGGACACACGCUGGGGUGGCAAAACUAUACACGGACAUUGCUAGAAAUGGCUAUAAAGUCAUGUACCUCACUUCGAGGGCGAUUGGUCAGGCCAAUACUACCCGAGAGUAUCUGAAAGGAAUCAAUCAGAUGGGAUUUGUUUUGCCGGAGGGCCCAGUGAUCAUGAGUCCUGAUCGCCUGAUGACAAGUUUACAUCGAGAAGUGAUUAUGCGAAAGCCUGAAGUCUUCAAGAUGGCAUGUCUGCGAGACAUCAAGAGGUUAUUUGGACAAACCCGCAGUCCGUUCUAUGCCGGUUUCGGCAAUCGAAUCACCGAUGCCCUCUCUUAUCGGGCGGUUGAUGUUCCAUCCUCGAGGAUUUUCACGAUCGACUCGAACGGGGAAGUCAAGAUGGAGCUGCUGGAGUUAACUGGUUACAAGUCCUCGUAUAUCCACAUGACCGAUUUGGUCGACCAGAUGUUCCCGCCAGUCAAUCGGAAUCCAGCGACUCCCGAGUAUUCAGACUUUAAUUAUUGGCGAUCGGUUGGGACAAGCUACGAUGCCCUGUCGCUUAUAGGAGUCGAUCUGGACGAGCUCCUCUCUCCUCAGAAUGGGAAUCUGAUCCCCGUCAGUCCGACGUUGAGCGCGCGCAGUGGGGAGACAACCGUCUCGACUAGCCGAUUGUCAUUCAGGUUGAGCAGCCUCAGCUUAGGUCGCAAAAGCUCCAAGGCUGAUCUACCGGGCUCCUCGGCGACCCUGAAAAGCGGCACAGGAUCCUCGAAGGCCAGUUUCCUUACCGUCUCGUCGAGCAAACGCGCCCACAGUCCAACCCGCUUCCAGAACGAGCCGGAGAGCGUGAUCGAGCAGGACGAGGAUGCCGAUGACGAUGCCCUCGGGAGUGGCUCUGAUGAUGAUGACCAGAGGCACGUGCCGGCUCGUCUGCGCAGUGACUCCAUGCCUGGCUCUUUGCCCGGGAGCGUGGAAGAGGCUAGCUUGCUGGAAAGCUUGAGGAGGGGCCACUAUCAACACCGGUCGCCCCAGCCCGAUCGCACGGAUAAUGAACAAUCAAUUGAUAAGCGAGAGAAUCCGGAUGAUGAAACACCCGGUGACGAAGAUGAGUUUCCUCAAAUGGAUUUCAGCUCUGUGCCUUACCUUUGA